CUUGUAGAGGCUGUUCCUGCCUGAUUCCCGACAUCCCCGACAUCUUCGAGAGCUUUUGAGCUCUCGACAACGCCCUCUCGGCAUCCUUGAUGGCGUUCCUCGGAGUCGCUGUCGAGGUCGAUUGUUCUUCCCUUGCAGACGAGGUGGUUCCGAACGAACGGUAUCGAGCCUGCCGGAUGAGGGAGGCGGCGAGCGGUUCACGGGCUCGGACGGUCGUUCGAAGGAGUGCUAGCGGAGUGGCGUUCAUGACUAGUAGUAGUGAUCGUACCGCUGAGGUGUGAAGAUGUGACCGGAUGUGCGAUGUCAGUGUUCAAGUAUCGGUCGAUCCAACUUUAUGGGAGAGGUCGAGGGUCGAGGAUCAGGAUCACGUGACACGCGGGCGCGAGCGCGUUUCAUCAAAAGCAAUCGAAAUGGGUGCGUUUGAGGUCGAAGCCAGGUUCGCCCCUACUAUCAAAGGUGGACCGGUUUCAGAUUACACGAAGCGCAUCAGGAUAUAUAGCUCCUACUAUCCGUGUCACUUCGGCCGGAUCGACAGUCGGAUGCGGACCUUCCUUGCGGUCCCAUUCCUCUUCCACCAGUCCAACAAUUCGACGAAGAUGUUCGCAUUCCCGAUCCUGCUCGCCCUCAUCCCUCUUGUCACAAUCACCAUCCUAGCUGCCCCUUCUCUCAAUACCUAUCCCGAAGCCUUCCCUGACUCGAUUAAAGGCUACAAAGACCCUCUCAUCACCAGCGACGACCCUAAGAACCCCGACAACGUCCAAUUCCUCGACCUUUCCGCCCUCCAAGCGUCGAACGAUGAUUACCGACUCGCCCCUCAAAUCUCCGGGACCUGUGUGGUGAUCUGCGUCAUGGUCCCUCACCCUAGCAUGACCAAGGUAUCGAGCAACGCUAUGUACGACAAUUAUUUGCAGUACGCCUGUGCGCCGAGUUGUCACGAAGAUCUCGAGGACAAGAGUCAACCUAUCAAGGGGGACCUCAAAUACCCCGAACCUAAAGAAGAGGACGAGGGCUGGAAGUUGCUACCUGAAGAAUAUCCUGCUAAUUCCGUGGUUGUCACGUUCGACGGGAUCGCACGGCCCGGCGAGAAAGGAAACAAGGACGGGUAUUCCCGAGCAGAGGUCUUCAGGGUCUCAUGUGACGCUGAUCAAAGAGGGCUAAACGCAACCCGCUCUUCCGAAGGUCGUGCCGACGAAAAGUAUCUCGAGAACUUUGCUUGCAAAGCUUCCGGGCUGCUCGAUAGCCCCUGGUACGCCCAAGUGAUCGACCCGUAUACGGUGGGGAGGUAUAACCCUAUUUGGUGGAGGACGGGAGGGACGGCUGAGAGUAGUGGGGUUUGCCGGAUAUACUAGGACUAGUAUAGUAUACUGUAGCGCGGCGCGAGUUGAGAUGCUAGUAUUUGUGUGAGGUAUGACGUGUGGAACAUUACAAAGUACCUGCAUGGUCUGGUUCAUUGCUGGUAGUAAAUGGAUAAGACGAGAUGCAGCCUCCUCAUCUCUUCCCUGAUGCCUAGUCGGCCUUCCGGCCCCC